AUGACCCCGCCCCAUUCUCCCUCCUUCCAUCACCCCGCCCCAUUCUCCCGCCUUCCAUCACCCUUCCCCAUUCUCCCUCCUUCCAUCACCCCGCCCCAUUCUCCCGCUUUCCAUCACCCCGCCCCAUUCUCCCUCUUUCCAUCACCCCUCCCCAUUCUCCCGCUAUCCAUCAUCCCACCCCAUUCUCCUGCUUUCCAUCACCCUCUUUUCAUCGCCCCGCCCCAUUCUCCCUCCUUCCAUCACCCCGCCCCAUUCUCCCUCCUUCCAUCACCCCGCCCCGUUCUCCCUCGUUCCAUCACCCCGCCCCGUUCAACCGCUUUCCAUCACCCCGCCCCAUUCUCCCGCUUUACUUCACCCUGCCCCAUUCUCCCGCUUUCCAUCACCCCACCCCAUUCUCCCGCCAUCCAGUGCCCCGCCCAAUUCUCCCUCCUUCUACCACCCCGCCCCAUUCUCCCGCUUUCCAUCACUCUGCCCAUUCUCCCGCUUUCCAUCACCACGCCCCAUUCUCCCUCCUUCCAUCACCGCGCCACAUUCUCCCUCCUUCCAUCACCCCGCCCCAUUCUCCCGCCUUCCAUGACCCCGCCCCAUUCUCUCUCCUUCCAUCACCCCGCCCCAUUCUCCCUCCUUCCAUCACCCGCCCCAUUCUCCCGCUUUCCAUCACCCUGCCCCAUUCUCCCGCUUUCCAUCACCCCGCCCCAUUCUCCUGCUUUCCAUCACCCCGCCCCAUUCUCCCGCUUUCCAUCACCCCUCCCCAUUCUCCCGCUCUCCAUCACCCCGUCCCAUUCGCCCGCUUUCCAUCACCCCGCCCCAUUCUCCCGCUUUCCAUCACCGCGCCCCAUUCUUCCGCUUUCCAUCACCCCGCCCCAUUCUCCCGCUUUCCAUCACCACGCCCCAUUCUCCCUCCUUCCAUCACCCCGCCACAUUCUCCCUCCUUCCAUCACCCCGCCCCAUUCUCCCGCCUUCCAUGACCCCGCCCCAUUCUCUCUCAUUCCAUCAACCCGCCACAUUCUUCCUCCUUCCAUCACCCUGCCCCAUUCUCCCGCUUUCCAUCACCCCGCCCCAUUCUCCUGCUUUCCAUCACCCCGCCCCAUUCUCCCGCUUUCCAUCACCCCUCCCCAUUCUCCCGCUCUCCAUCACCGCGCCCCAUUCGCCCGCUUUCCAUCACCCCGCCCCAUUCUCCCGCUUUCCAUCACCCCGCCCCAUUCUUCCGCUUUCCAUCGCCCCACCCCAUUCUACCGCUUUCCAUCACGCCGCCCCAUUCUCCCGCUUUCCAUCACCCCGCCCCAUUCUCCCGCUUUCCAUCACCCCGCCGCAUUCUCCCUCCUUCCAUCACCUCGCCCCAUUCUCCCUCCUUCCAUCACCCCGCCCCAUUCUCCCGCUUUCCAUCACCCCACCCCAUUCUCCCUCCUUCCAUCAACCCGCCCCAUUCUCUCGCUUUCCAUCACCCCGCCCCAUUCUCCCGCUUUCCAUCACCCUACCCCAUUCCCCUGCUUUCCAUCACCCCACCCCAUUCUCCCGCAUUCCAUCACCCCGCCCCAAUCCCCCGCUUUCCAUUACCCCGCCCCAUUCUACCGCUUUCCAUCACCCCGCCCCAUUCUCCCGCCUUCCAUCACCCCGCCCCAUUCUCCCUCCUUCCAUCACCCUACCCCAUUCUCCCUCCUUCCAUCACCCCGCCCCAUUCUCCCGCUUUCCAUCACCCCGUCCCAUUCUCCCGCUUUCCAUCACCCCGCCCCAUACUCCCUCUUUCCAUCAACCCGCCCCAUUCUCCCGCUUUCCAUCUCCCCGCCCCAUUCUCCCGCUUUCCAUCACCCCGCCCCAUUCGCGCACUUUCCAUCACCUCGCCCCAUUCUCCCUCCUUCCAUCACCCUGCCCCAUUCACCCUUCUUCCAUCACCCAGCCCCAUUCUCCCGCUUUCCAUCACCCAGCCCCAUUCUCUUGCUUUCCAUCACUCCGCCCCAUUCUCCCUCCUUCCAUCACCCCACCCCAUCCUCCCUCCUUCCAUCACCCCGUCCCAUUCGCCCGCUUUCCAUCACCCCGCCCAAUUCUCCCUCCUCCCAUCACCCCGCCCCAUUCACCCACUUUCCAUCACCCCGCCCCAUUCUCCCGCUUUCCAUCACCCCGCCCAAUUCUCCCUCCUUCCAACACCCCGCCCCAUUCACCCACUUUCCAACACUCCGCCCCAUUCUCCCGCUUUCCAUCGCCCCGCCCCAUUCUCCCGCCAUCCGGUGCCCCGCCCCAUUCUCCCUCCUUCUGUCACCCCGCCCCAUUUUUCUACUUUCCAUCACCCCGCCCAUUCUCCUGCUUUCCUUCACCCCGCCCCAUGCUCCCGCUUUCCAUCACCUCGCCCCAUUCUCCCGCCUUCCAUCACCUCGCCCCAUUCUCCCGCUUUCCAUCGCCCCGCCUCAUUUUCCCGCUUUCCAUAACCCCGCCCCAUUCUCCCGCUUUCCAUCACCCCACCCCAUUCUCCCGCUUUCCAUCACCCCGCCCCAUUCUCCCGCUAUCCAUCAUCCCGCCCCAUUCUCUUCCUUUCCAUCACCGUGCCCCAUUCAUCGGCUUUCCAUCACCCCGCCCCAUUGUCCCUCCUUGAAUCACCCUGCCCCAAUCUCCCUCCUUCCAUCACCCCGCCCCAUUCUCCCGCUUUCUAUCACCCCGCCCCAUUCUCCCGCUUUCCAUCACCCGCCCCAUUCUCCCGCUUUCCAUCACCCUGCCCCAUUCUCCCGCUUUCCAUCACCCCGCCCCAUUCUCUCACUUUCCAUCACCCCACCCCAUUCUCCUGCUUCCCAUCACCCCUCCCCAUUCUUCCGCAUUCCAUCACCCCGCCCCAUUCUCCCGCUUUCCAUCACUCCGCCCCAUCUCCCGCUUUCCAUCACCCCGCCCCAUUCUCCCUUCUCCAUCAACCGGCCCCAUUCUCCUGCUUUCCAUCACCCCGCCCCAUUCUCCCACUUUCCAUGA